UCGACGUUGCUGAAAUAUUUACGAAUAUUACCAGUGUCUCCAAACACAAAUGUAGAAUUCAAGGUGAUUAUUUAGACCGUUGUGUUGUCUAAAAACAAAAGGACGGACUAAACUUCCUCAGUGUGGUAUGGCGCAGCAAGGAAGUUCAGGUUUUGCCUUAUUUUGAACUUUUUUUUAUUUUUUUGUCAGGAUUUUCUCUAGACUUAGUUACUUUACUUCCAGGUACUUUUUAAACUGUAAUGGCAUGUAUUGCAUUAAAAUGAUGAGAUAUGAUGGAUAACAGUGUCGAAAGUUGAUUUGUAACGCACCGUAGCUGGAAAUGUUGAAGCGUGGUGGAUCAAGUAGCAAAAGCUACAGUCCUUACGCGACUAGUCAGAGAGUGAAAAAGUCAAGCAGCAAAACUAAAUUGGACAUCUUACCAAAUAGACCCAACGUCUGGCUCAAGCAGCUCUCUGCUCUUCAAGAACAGCCUCGGAAAGAUGCAGUCGAUUCUGCCACCUCUUCGUCCCACACAUCCUCCAAUCUGUCUCCCCCUGUCCUAGAUGUCCCGUCUUCCUGUCCAGGUACCCCUUUGGCCCAGCACACUAAGUUGGUGGGCUGCCCGUCCCCAAUGGGCACCCUAAAACGGCCGACUUCCCUGAGUCGCAAUCCAAGUGCAGCGGGCUUCCCGAUCCAGUCUUGGGUCUUCAGUAAGGGUGCGGGAAAAUCCGUCAUCGCCCAGAGUCCCUCGCCGGAGACGCCCGAGACUACAGUGGCUAUCGAGGUGGAAGACAUCCCGUCAUUGCUACGCAUAGUGGAGCGGUUUGCCAAAGCGGUGGAGAAACUGAAAGAUGUCGUGCUUGAAGACAAACAGGAGAAUCGGCGUCCGCUGGCCCAUGAGUUUUUGGGGGAGGUUCUGCGCAUCCUGCGGCAGGUCAUCAGCAUGUACCCUCUCCUCAACACGGUGGAGACACUCACCGCUGCCGGCAAACUCAUCUCGCAGGUCAAAGGAUACCACUAUGAAGUGUGCAAUGAAGCAGACAAGAAAGAUUUUGAGAAGGCCAUCGAGACCAUCGCUGUAGCCUUUAGCAGCAAUGUGUCGGAGCUGCUGAUGGGGGAGGUGGACAGCAGCACACUGUUGUCUGUGUUGCCCUCUGAGAAGAGCAGGUCUAUGGAGAACCUCUCGGGUCAUGAUUCUUUACACACACGGAGUGAUUCAUCUGAGCUGGUGAUGAGCGCUGAAGAGGUGGACAUUAUCCUGCAGCGCAGUGAAGGAGGUGUGGACUCGGCUCUGACGUACGCUAAAACCAUCUCCAAAUACAUGAAGGAUCUGAUCAGCUACGUUGAGAAGAAGUUUGCGCUAGAGCUGGAGUUCUCCAAGGGCUUACAAAGGAUCUAUCAGACUUGUAAACAGACCAUCACACAGCCACACAUGCCCUUCUUCUCCAUCUACUCUCUGGCUCUGGAGCAGGACCUGGAGCAGAGUGCUGGGAUGCAGCAGGCGGCCUCCACCCUGCAGAACCAGACCUUCAUCAUGAUAUCCAAAGUAGUUAUGCAAAUGGUUCUGAAUUGUUUUUUUGUUUUAUUGUCAGCUCGAGGUCACAUGACCCACAAAUCCUGGGGCUCCACAGUGAGCGACACAGACAGUGUGGGAGGAGGAAGUGGCCUGGGGUCCCCCACUACCAGCACAGGUGACAUAAGUAAAAUGGCCCGAACGUCGUCUACAGGAACCAUGUCAUCUAACGAAGACGCAGAGGAGAAAGACUCAAAUGUUACUUCCUUUGAAACGCCAAACAUAAAUGGCAUCGAGUCUGAGAUUGUGGUUCCCACCGGGCCGUUCCGGAACGUGGGGCUGUCGAAAGCCGCUCAGACGCACAAACUGCGUAAACUGCGCUCCCCGUCCAAAUGCAGAGAAUGCGACAGCUACGUUUAUUUCCAGGGAGCCGAGUGCGAGGAGUGUUUCCUGGCCUGUCACAAACGCUGCUUGGAGACUUUGGCCAUUCAGUGUGGCCACAAGAAGCUCCAGGGUCGCCUUCAGCUGUUCGGGCAGGAUUUCUCACAGGUGUCUGGCAACAGUCCCGACAGCAUCCCCUUCAUCAUCAAGAAGUGCAUCGGUGAGAUCGAGAGAAGAGCUUUGAGGAUGAAGGGUAUUUAUCGAGUGAAUGGGGUGAAGACGCGGGUGGAGAAGCUGUGCCAGGCGUUUGAGAACGGCAAAGAGCUGGUGGAGCUGUCCCAGUGCUCGCCACACGACAUCAGUAACGUACUGAAGCUCUACCUGCGACAGCUUCCAGAGCCCAUCAUGCCCUUCCGUCUGUACAACAGUCUGAUGGGUCUGGCGAAGGAAAGCCUGGCUGUAGUGGGUCCAGAGGGAGCCGAGACGGGCAAAGGGCCCGACCUGGUGGACCUCGGCCCUGAGACAGACCCUGAACUCUUGGCCCUCGUGGACAGACUUAAGAAUCUCCUUAAAGAGCUGCCCAAACAAAACACCGCCACUCUCCGCUACAUAGCGCGCCACCUGAGAAGGAUUGCAGAACUGGAAGAUGACAAUAAGAUGAGCCCGAGCAAUCUGGGCAUCGUGUUUGGCCCCUCACUGAUGCGGCCCCGGCCCUCAGGGGCCACGGUGUCUCUGUCGUCUCUGGUGGAUUACCCGUACCAGGCCCGCAUAGUGGAGACCCUCAUUGUGUUUUAUCCCUCCAUUUUCCAUUCGGACUCCAGUCGGCCGGCAAGCACCAGCACCCCCCGCACACAGUCCCUACAGCAGGAAAGCAGCAUUGAUGAAGAACACUGUUCAAAUGAUGAACAAGGAGUCACAGAUGAACCCGACGCUGCAGAAUCAGACAAAUUAGAGGGCCAUGCAGAGAGUUCACCAGGAACCCCUGGUUCUCCGGAACACAGUCUGGACUCCGAUUCAGAUGCAGACGAGGAACGGGGCAGAGGUGAACUUCAGCCCCCCAGUCCUACAGACCAGGCACUGGGCUCUACCACCGAAACACAAAUGAGGUUGCCCAUCCUUCUCGUGAACCUGCAGUGUCCCUCCAGCUCAAACAACAGCAGCAACCCGCCUGCCCUCCCUGCGAGUGAGCCGCCCGAGUUAGAUGAACCAGAAGCAGCACCAACAAGCUCGCUGGCAGCGCUAAACAUCAAUCAGAGUAACGGCACCUCCACAACACUCACUCUUUGAGUUCAGCCAGGGUUCGUCUGUGAUGUUCCAAUAUAUUUUUAAAGAUGCGUUUUAAUAUUUAAAAUACUUCGGCUUGGAAUCCUGCAAAAACGUAGAUUUUUAAAAAUGUUUUUAGCUUUAUUUUACGAUAACAGUGGUACGCUUCCGGUGUCAUCAUGCAUUGUAUCUUAUGAGAUCACCUUGCACUCAGUGUUGAUGUAAAUCUGUUGUUAAAUUUUAUAUGUUUGUGCUUGUCUUUUAAUAAUAAAAUAUGAGUGAUUUCAAAA